GCACGAACUAAUGUGGGCACGUGUAUCCGUGCACAUGUUGAAGCUCGUAAACCGUGGAGAUAGAAAGAACUAGCAAAGAGGCAAACCAAUGAAGGUCCGGCGAUCGUGAGAGGAAGGAGACUGCCGACCUGAUGUUCCAGCGAGUGUGAGACAAAUAUCGGCAAGUGGGCUACAGAGAGAGACGUUAUCAAGGCCGUUUCUGGCAACCGUGGCCGGUUCUACUGCUGUUAUUUAGUUGCAAUAUUUCAGUGAUGCAAUCGCAGGGCAGCACUUCCUCCCAGCCCUCUGUUGAUUCGCUGAGCUCCAGUGACAGCUACCUGUUCAACCACUCUGAGCAGGCGGAGGAUGACACUGACGUCUUCCUGUCCGAACGCUCCCCCUCCGUCAUCCUCGGCACUGGGGGCAUGGUCAGAGGCAACGGCAGUGCCGGGGCAGAGAGUCCCGAGUCCCAGUGGGCGUGUGACGGCUUCACUGACCGCGAGGAGGAGGAGUCACGGGGUUCAGAGGUUACUGCAGGUCACCCCAGGGUCACAGCUGAGAGACAGAGAACAAGCGAGACGGAGAGAGAGAAGACAGAGGGAGACCUGCUGUUUGCCCAGAAGUGUGCUGAGCUGCAGGGGUUUGUAAGGCCCUUACUGGAGCUGCUGAAUGGACUGAAGGGGGGACGAUUUGACCGUGGUCUGAGUAGUUUCCAGCAGAGUGCAGCCAUGGACCGCAUCCAGAGGAUCGUAGGGAUCUUACGGAGACCCAACAUCGGGGAAAAGUAUAUGAACACUCUUCUCCAGGUGGAGACGAUGCUGAAGAUGUGGUUUCCACAGGUGUCCCCCUUGGCCCCACCUACCGCCCCUACCCUCUUCCCCCCUCACCUCUCCCCCCGGGACAGCCCCAGCAGCACCCCCCCACACAGGCACAGAGACCAGUCGCACAUCCCUGUGAAGAAGCGCAGACUGAGUUGGUCAGACACAGACUCUGACACCCCUCCUCCUGUACUCUUUAAGAGGCUCAACGCCGGUGGAGGAGAGGAGAGGGGGAAGGAGGGGGGAGACGUACCCCCACACCCCCAGGACCCCACCAGCGACCAAGAGAAUGAGAGAAAGGAAGAUGAGGACAGCAAAGAGAGAGAGGGAGAGUCAUCGAGCAACAAAGCGGGGCUCUGUUCUGAACCCGGUCCCACCUCGGUCCUUGUAGUGCCCAUCCUUUCCCCCUGGAAACCAAUGGAGGGGAAACAGCUGCUGCCUGUCAUGCCACCUCCCACCACCAGGGGCAGUCCAGCCAUGCAGGACAGCCUAAUCUCUUCCACCACACCCUUCAACAACCUCCAAAGCCAGCCGCAGCCAAUCGGGUGCCAAAGUCAGCCUGUUGCCGGGAAGACUGGGAAAAAGACCGUAAAGACCUGUCAGGGGCGGGUCCAGGCUCAUUCAAUCACGGCAAAGCCUUUGAAAAGGGUGGAGUGUAAGAGCAGGGUUAACCCCGCCCCUUUAUAGACCUGAUGCACUGAGCACUCCGACCAGCAGGCUAGUGUGACUACGUCAACAUGCAAAAGCUGCUGUGCUAGGGAGAGUCAGGGGUAGAAAUGGGCUGCAGUCCAAACACUUUAUUUUUAGCCCCUCAGCCCUCCCACUAGCCACUUUCCCUUGGGGGAAUCCCCUUUGAACCGGAUGCAGUUUGACUGCCAUCUUAAGUGGAGGUCCAAUUCACUAACGUUGCCCCCUCGGGCCUCGAUUUAGCUGGAGGGAGCGAGUGAAGAACUUUGAUCACUUGCAGGGUUUAUAUGACCCACAAUUCAAUGCAAAUUGUAGUCACGUAUCAUACUCCGGUGGCCGCGAAUGUCACGUUCACUCACCACGUCUGACAAAAUGAUGAUUCUAGCUUGCUAAAUAUAUAUAUAUGACAUUGAUUUUAGCGUUGCCAAAUUGGCUUAGUGUGGUAGUGAGGAGCCUAUAAAACCUAGCUAGCUUCAUAAACAUAUUUUUGGGAAUUCUGAAAUGUAUUGCAAUAAAUGACCAAACUAUAAAACUAGCUAGCCAGCUAUGGAUAACUGUAGCUAGCUACGUUAGCUUGCUAGAUACAUGAAUAGCUUUAGGUUGGUUGUUUUUAAGCUCAACUUCAAGAUUUCCACCAAGGACGUUGCCUCUCCGAUCAUCACUCUCUAAUUUGAAUUUGGACUGCAGCCAUGGUUUUAGGUGCUGAUGUGUUUCCUUAAUGAUGGAUCUUUUGCAACUACCUAAACACAAUUAGGACCAUUCAUGAAAAUGAUAUCUGAGAGACUACAGUUAUUACUACAUGAGGACAGAAUGUGUCCUUGUGAAUCAUAAUCACAGUUCCAUAACAAUCAGAUUUUUUUGCACAAAUAGUGGUUGUAGAUUGGGAAGGUUGGUAAACACCUCUUAAAGCCCAUCGCUUGUUUAUAGAAUAUUGGAUCUCUGAUUGACUGAAUGGUAUACUCUCUUACUCCACUUAAGAAAAGGUAAAUGCCACUAUGCAAACUUAAUCGAAACGCUGUUGGCUUAGGGAUAUUUGGGUUUCAGGUGGGUGGAGGCAAGGAGGUGAGAGGUGACGAGGAGAGGAUGGUUAGGAGGACAGGUGGGAUAAGAUUUGGGGAUUAAGGAUAGUUAUAUUCCUGGAAUGAUAUUCCUGGAAUCUCCUCAGAGAUGAUGCUUCCAGUGAAUAACAGCAGACAGACAGUUCAAUAGACCGAGGCAUUACGGAUAGAAGUGAGGAAUAAUCCAACUAGCCAGAUGCCAUUAGACUACUGAAUGACCUCUAGAGCUGAAUAACAUUUAAGAGGACGUGUCAGGAACCUCUACUGAAGUCUAAAGAGGUUUAGAAUCUAUUCAAUGUCAAUCCACCAACAUGACACAAUCUGUUUGUGAGGACGGAUGCAAGGUGUUUUGGGUGAAAAUCGAUUAUGACUGUGAAACGAAUGAAACACAACUGGGUUUUAUUCUGUGUGGAGAAAUGUGAAGCGGGUUAUCCGUUAAACAAUAAAUCAAAUUUCAAUGGUCUAACCGGUAGGGGAUAGAAUACCAAACAGACCUUAGAUCAGCUUCUAGGGACAACUUAAUCCUUUAAAUGGCUCAGUGAAAGACUAAAGACCACCCAGAGAGAAGAGUCCACUCACAGACAGACAUAAACCCUGUUUAUUUAUUCACAUGUUGACUUGACAACGCUGCAUUUAUUUAUUACCUUUAUUUAUUAAUUGGCAGCUGUGUUUCUCACUCUUUGAACUUACAAUUGGUUGACUGAUUGGUUGACCGAUGCUCUUGGGAAAGUUGCUGUACAACGGUUUGUUUGUGGUUUUUACUGUUAUGGUGGGACACAUUUUGGGGGGAUGAUUGGACUUUUGGACUACUGUGCCUUUACCAAAUAGGAUGUGUACAAAAAAACAGCAUUUUAUUCUUUCAAAGCAUUUUCUACUGCAUUUUGAUAGUUUGUUUGUCUUUCUUAAUAGCACAGUGCACAAUCAGUUGAAUAACACAGUACACAACGCCUAAUUCCUGCCUUCAAUCUCUUAUCUGGCUUCCAGGGGUCUGUUGGGCAAAACUAGCUACCUACUGAUCCCACAACAGCAAGGCAACCUCUACUCCAACCUGUGCAGUGGUCAUGUGUACAACACAAUAGUAUUCUAUACAUAUACAUCAUAGUCUUCUAUGAACUAACGACAGUAUUCUAUACAUAUACAUCAGUCUUCUAUGAACUAACGACUGGCUAAUUGAUUUCAGUUUUUAGAUUGACAGUUGCCUCUUCUCUGGGGUGUAUUUUAUAGUUGAUUAUGUAGGUCUGACUGGAGGAUAUGAUCAGUGCUUGCUAUCUCCUGUGUGCUUCUUGGCGCUCGUCAAACUUGAAAAACGUGAGGAUCAGAGCUAAAAGGGAGACAGUAUGAAUAUUUAUUUUGCACCGUCAUCGUAAGCUGCUAUACAUAAUAUGACUAAAACAUGAUUGAUAUAUUCCUCAUAACAAAUAAUUAAUACACAUGUUUUUACUAAUGAAAUGUAAUAAUAUAUGCCAUUUAGCAGACGCUUUUUAUCCAAAGCGACUUAACGUCAUGCUGCAUACAUUUCACAUAUGGGUGGUCCCUGGAAUCAAACCCACUAUCCUGGCAUUGCAAGCACCAUGCUCUACCAACUGAGCUCCAGAGGAAAUAACUGGUGUACAUGAUGCAUGGUUUACAAAGAGUUUACUUAUGCUUAAUAAACUGUUUAUAUGCAGAGCUUCAACUGAGGAGAGCCACAACUGAACACAUAAUCACUGGUAGCCUCCAUGUCACCUACCUACCGUCUUUACAUGGGGCUGGGGGAUGUUUUUAUGCUUGAGGUAUAAGUUGCUCUUAACCACAGGUCUAUGAUCAGAUUUUUCCUACCCCCAAUCCAAACGUUUACCAUUAGGGGUUGAAAACACACCUGACCCCGGGCCUGUGGUUAAGGGCCACUUCUUCCUACUUGUGUUUUUUAUACAGCUGUUUUGUGACAGAGAAACUGAUUGCACAGAUUUUUGUGAUCUCUUUUCCAUGUAUGUUUUCUACUGCAGAGACCACCGCUGAUUGGUCAGAAAUAAUAUGUCUUGUUUAUUUCAACUGCCUUUUUAUAUCUUAGUAGAUGCUGUACUCACCCCCUCUACUCCCCCUCUCUCUACUCCUCCCUCCCCCCUCUCUACUCCUCUCACCCACAUUCUACUACUUUUGCCCUCUUCCCUUUCUCUCUCAUAUCUGUUCAUCCCUCUCUUACCUUCUCUCUCACUAUUUCUCUGUUUCUCACUCUUACUCUGCUGUUACUCUGUGUUACUCUUCGGAGUACUUUUUACAUUGAUGAUACAAAAAUAAAAUCUUUUAAUAAAUGA